AACCAUGAAUAUAACAAGGGUAACCAUGAAUUCCACAUAUGUAACCAUGAGUCUUACAUAUGUAACCACAAAUUUAACAUAUGUAGCCAUGAAUAUUACACAGGUAACCAUGUGUUUUACAUAUGUAACCGUAAAUAUUACAAAGAUAAUCAUGAAUAUUACACAUGUAACCAUGAAUCGUACAUUUGUAACCAUGGCUAUUACAUAUGUAAUAUUCAUGGUUACAUAUGUAAUAUUCAUGGUUACAUAUGUAAUAUUCAUGGUUACAAAUGUAAUAGUCAUGGUUACAUAUGUAAUAGUCAUGGUUACAUAUGUAAUAUUCAUGGUUACAUAUGUAAUAUUCAUGGUUACAUACGUAAUAUUCAUGGUUACAUAUGUAAUAGUCCUGGCUACAUAUGUAAUAGUCAUGGUAACAUAUGUAAUAGUCAUGGUUACAUAUGUAAUAUUCAUGGUUACAUAUGUAAUAUUCAUGGUUACAUAUGUAAGACUCAUGUAAUAAUCAUAAUACUUAUGCAGCCAUGA